AUGGAGAUUGUCGGCGUUAUCGCGGCUGUUCCAGGUCUCAUCGACAUUAUCAAAGCAGUUUCCACAGGUGUUCGCGGACUAAGGAAAGGCAAGGUUACAGCUAAAACUACCCAGGACUUGCUUACUCAACUGCAAGACCUAGAGUCUAUCCUCCAAGAUAUUCAGAACAAAUGGAAGAACGGAGGGGUAGACCAACUUCGAUUGCAACGACUAUCGCCGCCAUUGAAACAACUCAAGGUUGAGCUCUCAUCUCUUCGGACCCUACUUCAAAAUUCAGAGAUCACGAAGGAGCCCGCAAGAUACCUAAAGAGGGCUUUCUUCCUAUCUACAAGGCUUGAUAAGUCACUGAACGAAGCCUUUACUCGGCUAUCGCAGUUGGAAAUUUCUUUGACGCUGCUCAUUGCCCAUGGACAAAAUGCUGUCACCAGAGAUCUGGAAAUCAGAUCGUUUACUACAAGACGACUGGAGCUACAAUCUCUUCUACAACCUGCCGGUAGCAGCUUUAUUCCGGACAAGACUGCUGGUACCUGCGAUUGGAUAUGGUCUCAUACGACAUUCUGUGACUGGAUGCAAAACUCAGCUAUUGCUCCAGACUCUUAUCUUGACCGAAUCCUAUGCAUCGUUGGCAUUAAAGGUUGCGGAAAGUCCGUUCUAGUCAAGGCCAUAGCCGGGGAGUUCGGCAUAAGAAAGAAGACAGCUCUACACUUUUCGUUUUGGUCUGGUAGCGAAGCCCAGCAAAAGCUUACCAAUCUCUUACGGACACUGGUCUGGCAAAUCCUGGGUUAUAUCAAAGACGAGAACCUGGAGCGAAUCUCCGAACCUCUGGGCAAAAGCGCUGUUGUUGAUACGCAAGUGCUUACGGGAGUACUUCAUAUCGCCCUAUCAUUGAUUCACGGAAAGGUCUACGUCAUAAUCGAUGGUGUUGAUGAAUCUUCCGACGACUGGAACAAUGAGUCAGAGGGAAGUCUAUCAACAGUUCUGAAUCUAGCCAAAAACCACAAUAACCUGCACGUCCUUCUUUCUGGUCGAGAAUCAUCGCUGCGAACGAUCCUCAAGAGGAAUUGCCCAAGAUUGGAGAUAACAGACCGUUUGAUUCGAAAUGACUUGCUCAAGGUCAUAUCAGUUGAGCUGGACACAUCUCUAGCCAUACAUUCCCAAAGCGUUCGAGACAUGAUCCAAGCGUCUUUAGAGUCCAGGUCUCAAAUUAUGUUUCUUUGGGUUACCUUGGCCCUGAGAGAGCUCAGACGAUGUUUCAGUGUUGAAGAAGUUAAGGAAACUCUGAAACAAGUCCCGCACGACCUUGACCGCGAAUAUCAUCGUCUGUUCGCACGACUCAUGACCCGCACAGGGGGGACAGUCAUAAGGCCGUCUGUAACAAUGAAGCGUGCGAGGUAUCUUUUGUAUUCUCUACUUGCUUGCCCCGAACCCAUGACUGUUCAGGACUUGUGUUAUGCAUAUGCUUCGCAGUGUAACUCAGAUGGUCCCGUCGAUGAUGAUCUCAUCACUACGGACGGUAUCGCAGAUGCAUGCGGCGACUUAGUCGCUGUCACAGAUGGUCGAUGUCAUUUGAUCCAUGCUUCAGUAUCUGAAUUCCUAAUGCGGCCUCAGCAAGAAUGGGACCACGAGGACUCGGGGAUUUCAUACUUCAGAGUUGACCUUUCUGUCGCUCACGAGUCUAUGCGCUCAGCCUGCUUCAAGUAUAUUGAAUCGAUCGAUCUUGGAUAUCCACUAACAGACGACGGAGCUCUCUCUCUUUCACAGCGGUUUCCAUUCAUCUUAUACGUGUCUAACUAUCUACCAUUUCACCUCAGCCAAGUUCAAAAUCGGAAGAGGCGGAGUCCCAAGGAGUCUUUCAGUUCAUUCGGAACACAUCAAUUUUGCGUCUUCUUUGAAUACCUCUUGGUGAUGUUCAGUGACUCUAUACUGAGCCAACAAGCUGAUAUCGUUUCCUGGACGCAAUCUGUAAUGGGUGAGAUAGCGUUGGAGGAUCUGACCGAACAUUUCAAAAGCGAACUGAGACGUCGUCUCCAGCUCUUCGGGGUUCAGCACGAACGUUAUAAAUCAUGGUUGAACCUGGCUAUCUUUUUCCUAAACGACAAUGACGAGCCCGUUGUCCCAUACCGGAAGGCUGCUGGUACUGUGUCCCGCAAAGGUCAACCGAUGGAAGCUUCCAACAAGACCGUUUUAUCAGCGCUCCCUGAACAUAUAACCAAUUCUUACGGACUCCCUGCCCAAAGGCUGUCACAGAGUCUUGGGGCUGUUUCUAAGAUGUUUAAAUCGCUAGAGAGCUCGACUGUAGCCUUGGUAGCCUCAUCUGCAAAGCCCCUGUCUCCGCCUCUCAUUCUCAUGGCGGCAAGGGUGGCAGCAAAGCAGAAUAGGUGGCCUCUUGCAGAGAGGCUUGCAGCUGUCUCAAUGGCCAAGACAUUGGGUCAUCGAGACUUCUACGAGUUUUGCAGUUUACUAAAUCUCGCUGCUAUAAAGAUGCAUGGAUUCGAAGACUACGGCGAGGAGACAGAGAGGCUGGUAGACAAAUUGAUCGAAAUUGCCAAUUGUCUUCUUGUUCGACCACAGACCGAGUUCUUGAAGGUCGAAGCUUACAACCUGCAAAUACAAAUACGGGCUAGAACCGAUAGACCAGAACAGGCUGUAGAAUCCGCGAAGUCACUGGAGAAGAUCGUUGGCAAGCAGAGAGAAAAAUGCCGCAGCCUAGUCUGGGAUUACAGCCUCGGCCAUACGCGAGGAGGUUUUGCCUAUAGAGUGAAUUGGCUUAGAAAAACAGCCUUUUGGCUUGAGAAUGCUGGUGAACACGCAGCUGCAGCUGUCAUUGCUGGCCAGGGCAUCGACGUCUUUAACGAGUCAGGAGCAGAGCCGACGACGGCUAUCCUACAUUUGUACAAUAUUCGACUCAAUGCUCUUCAUCUCAGUGGAGGGUUCAACGAACUCAUUUCCACAUGUGACAAGUACAUUGAAGUAUUCGAAAGUGUCGGCUCCAAAGCCAAUGACAUACAUAUACAUAUCCGGUGGAGAGUCCAAGCCUUUCGAUCAUCCGCGUUUGCUGCUAUCGGAGAUGAAGAAGAGUCCAUAAGAUACUGCAUUGAAGCCACUGACGAGGUCAAGCGCUUGGGAAUUCAAAAGGUACAGGCAGUAUACGAACUCUCGCUUGUUAGCAUGGCAAAGGGCCUAGCCCAUUUUUGCCAGUACGAUAGAUCGAUGGCUUUAUCUCGCGAACUGCUGGAGGUCAAGGAGGUAACAGUGACAAUGAAAAGUCUCGACCAACACACGACACUUGGUGUGAUUCGACCUCUCGUCUCUAAACUUGAAAAUGUUGGUCUCAUGAAACCCGGCUAUGACGAAUUCCUACAUUGCUACUCACUAAUCUAUCUGAUUGACGACUCGGAAGGCUUGGAUGAGGCAGACUGGUGGGAGACACAAGCAAUAUUCUCAACUGAGACUAUCCCCAUGUUCAAAGACAGGACGACAUUACUCACACUGAAAUAUAUUGAGACAUGCUUGCGUUGCAGUAAUAACUUGGAUCGCGCUUGCGAAGGCUACGCAAUGUUAGGCCAGAUCUAUUUCAACGAGGGAGACUUGGAAGCAACAAAUUUGGUAUCCUCCGACGCUACCUCACGAUUGCUUUCAGGCUCCUCGCUCCGUUCCUUCAGCAGUUAUAUGAAGGUCGGCGAGAUUUGGUUGAGUGGUGGUGAUGUUGCCAAGUCUAAGUCGUGGAUUGAUUUGGCUUAUGAGACUAAACCUCAGAAAUCCUCUUCAGACUGGGCCUUUGCGAAUGAGCUUUGGUUUGCUAGCAUGCUCGGCUACUUCAUUGAUACCUACGGAGACCAACUUGAAAGUGUGGACAAACGAGAAUCGUUCAUUGAACAAAGCUGGGUUCACCUCUUGAGGGCUAUUGAGGAAGACAAGAAUCUUGAAAGGCUACGAGCCAGGAAUAGGUGUGUUCGAUGUGAACUUGAAUCCCGGGGCAACGAAGAGAAUGACCACCAUGACGAUGAAAUGACAGGCGAUUGCUGCACGGAUGUGGGAGUCCAGAUUGAAUCUGACGAUGAUUAUGAUGAUAACUCCUACGGUAGUUGUGAAAACGGAUAUAGCUUGGAAGAUGUUUAUGAAUCCAAAGAGGAGCGAGAUGAUCGUAUACAGAUUGGUGAGGGCAGAGGUAUUAGAGCUGAGGAGGUUGAAGAGGCCGAAUAG